AUAAUCUAAGCAACCCUCACAAUACUGAAAACCACCCCUUUGUGCUUAUACUAACAAAGUUAAUUACUUACACCACUUAUAAAAAAAAUCACCAUGGCUUGUUACUCAAAAACUGUUUCUACUUCUCUAUUGUUUCUGUUCCUUCUCUUUGGCUUCUCUGCAGCUAAGGAACUUUUGGUUGGAGGUAAGAUAGAUGCAUGGAAGGUACCAUCUUCUGAGGCAGAUUCACUCAAUCGAUGGGCGGAAAAGUCUCGUUUCAAUGUGGGCGAUCAUCUUGUGUGGAAAUAUGAUGGUGGUAAAGACUCAGUUUUGCAAGUAAACAAAGAAGAUUAUGCUAAUUGCAACAUCUCCAACCCAAUUGAAGAGUACAAAGAUGGGAACACUAAGGUGAAGCUAGACCGUUCUGGACCAUUCUACUUCAUCAGUGGAGCAAAGGGUCACUGUGAGAAGGGACAAAAGCUCACUGUGGUUGUUAUUUCUCCGAGGCGAAGAUACCGCGGCGGUGUUUCUCCUGCACCUUCUCCAGCAGUGUUGGAUUACAGUGGAGUUUCUCCUGCACUUUCUCCAGCAGAGUUAGAACAAGGUCCAGCUGUUGCUCCUACUAGCGGUGCUCCAGUGUUGCAAACUGGCCUUGUGAUGGUUACGGGACUAUUAGCUAUUUAUGUGGGUAUUUUCAUUUGAAUAAUAACCACACCUUAGGCAUCUAUUAGUGGAGUUUUUGUAAUUCAUGAGUCUUAUUUAUUUAUUUUUUGUAGUCAUUCAUUAUUUUAUUUUUCAAAACUAUGAAUAAAAUUUGAUAUUUGAUU